UUUAUAUAUUCAUAACAAUUUUGACAAAAUAAAUUUCGCAAUCAACAUGGGUUACGAUAUAUUUUAGGUAAAAUAGUGGAGUGAAACCCAACAAAAUAUUGAAGUGUUCCAUUCGUAGAGGAAAGUGUGAUUUUCUUUAUUAAAAAAUGCUAUUGCUGCAAUCUCAGAAACAUUCAUUCAUUAAUAUUUAUAACCAAAACAUAUAGCACAGAGAUGUCUUAAUAGUAUCCAAACUAUUCAAUGAAGUGACAAUGGAAUCUCCACCGUCUAGUACUACUUGGUCUGAAGCUUUUAUUUUGAGUGACGACAGUGGUUUAUUAUUAACAAAUGGUUCUAUUUCAAGUGGUAGCAUGAGUGGGGAAAGUCAAAGUGGCUAUGGUCGACAUGAGAAUGAGAUGCAUUAUAGCGAUUGUGAUGAUAAAUCAUUUUCUCCAUCUGAUUCCUUGGACGGUAUGUCCGACAUAAUGGGUGGAGAAAACUUCAAUACAUUGAAAAAGGGUCCCCAGUGGAUUGAUUUGUCUAAAUGCAAGCAUAUUCCAAUCGAACCUCCGCCAGAGUUCCAAGAUAAACCGGAAAUAUUAUUAUUCGACUCGUUUGCUAGUAAAUUGUCUUAUCAAAUACUUAACGAAGCAAUAGGCAUGUGCUUUGAUAGUUCAAUAAUAAGUUACAAAAGUUGUAAUUAUAACAAUAACAACAUAACGAUACACUCAGUGACUGUUCCUUCUCAGAAAUAUUGGAAGUCUGAUUGUUUACCGUACGGAAGUCCUCCGAGUUCACGAAAUUCCCUUCGUCUGUCCCGGUUCUCAAGCUCACACAAUUCACUUUCUGUACCUGUUGCCCAAAAAGCUGAUGAUUCCACGUUUAUAACGCAAGCAGUUUCCCAUGACACCCUUUUAUCAAACACUAUAAGCGAUUUGUACAACGUUCCCUUUGACAGUGACAUGUAUGCACUACCAGUAGACGUUGUCAAGCCAAAAUACAAAAGGAAUUUCCAGCAAAAAAAGAGACGACGAAACACUUCGUCCUGCUGCAACGAAAUGAUAAAUACAAAAAUGUCGAAGAACUGUUCUGGUAAAAGAUGCAUUGAAAACGAUUAUAGGGAACCGGAAGUCGAAGAAAGAGACAUUUCGAAAAGACACAGCGUCGCAGGAACUUCAGCAACAGGUCAGGGCGAACCGAUACACAUGACCUUGCAAGAGGUCAGACAUUUCCUUCAAACUCUUUACUCCAGUUCGUCCGAAUCUUCUGUGUACAGGGGAAAAGAGAAUUUAUCGAAAAGUGGUCAAAUAACUCGUAAAAACGGUGCUAAGAGACUGUCUUUGUUUGAUGAAACAACCAACACAGAAAAAUCCGACCCAGUGUUGCCUUUCAAUCAUAAUUUUUUGAAUAACGUAAAGAACAAAGGCAAAUGCAGGAAAGAAACCGAGAAGGGUAAUAGAAUCGAGAACAUCGAAAAGAAAAGGUCGGUAAGGGGGUUUUCGUUUAAAACGUUGUGCAACAUAUUCAAGUUCAAAAGGUUCGGUUUUAAUUCGAACAACGAAAGGAAAAAGACGUCUCAAGAACAAUACAGCGAGAGUCUUUUGAUGAUCGAGGGGGACGCCAAUAAAGCAAUCACCAAUAGAGCGUUGCCCCCUUUGCCAUCCAAGAACGUGGAGAGCAAGAUCUUGGAUUUUGCUACCAGCAUACAGAAAGUGAAAGAUUAUGGAUGGUACUGGGGCCCUUUGUCGAGCGAAGCUGCCGAAAAAAUUUUAUCAAACGAACCUGACGGUUCGUUUAUUGUGAGGGACAGCAGCGAUGACCAUUACAUUUUUUCCCUCACAUUCAAACUGAAUAAUUCCGUGAGGCAUGUACGAAUUGAACAUGAUCAAGGUAACUUCAGUUUUGGAAAUUGUACAAAGUUCAAGUCACAAACGAUUGUCGAGUUUAUCGAAAAUGCUGUUGAACAUUCACGUAGCGGUCGAUAUUUGUUUUUUAUUCGUCGGGGCCCUGUAAUUGGUCCCGUGAGGGUGCAGCUCCUUCAUCCUGUCUCUAGGUUUAAGCAAAUUCAAAGUCUACAGCACAUUUGCAGGUUUGUCAUAUUAAAAUACGUAAGAAAGGAUUUAAUUUCAACGUUACCUUUACCGAGGAGAAUGAUUGAUUAUUUGAGUACUCCUCAUUAUUAUUCGGAGCACCUUUUGGACGUCGUUGAGGAGUCAAAUGAAGGCGGAAAUAAAGAGAUACGUUGCCAAUUCUUUAUUAAUUAAAAUAAUAAUAAGAAAAAGAAAUAAUAUAAACGUAAUCUGAUCCAAUUCAGAUGUGCAAUUUUUAUUAUUAUUUUAA